CUAUUGCAGAUCACAAGCCUCUGGUAAAGUGAUGAGUGAAGAAGAACAUUUUUCAAGUAAAAAGUGCCUGGCUUGGUUUUAUGAAUAUGCAGGUCCUGAUGAAGUUGUGGGGCCUGAAGGAAUGGAAAAAUUCUGUGAAGACAUCGAUGUCGAGCCUGAAAAUAUUAUUAUGUUAGUAUUAGCCUGGAAACUAGAGGCUCAAAGCAUGGGAUUUUUUACCAAGGAAGAAUGGUUAAAAGGAAUGACCUCAUUACAGUGUGACUGUACAGAAAAAUUACAGAGUAAAUUUGACUUCUUGAGGUCACAAUUGAAUGACAUUUCAUCUUUUAAGAAUAUCUACAGAUAUGCCUUUGAUUUUGCAAGGGAUAAAGACCAGCGAAGUCUUGAUAUUGACACUGCAAAAUCCAUGCUAGCUCUUCUGCUUGGAAGAACUUGGCCGUUGUUUUCAGUAUUUUAUCAAUACCUGGAGCAAUCGAAGUACAGAGUUAUGAACAAGGAUCAGUGGUACAAUGUGCUAGAGUUCAGCAGAACCGUCCAUGCAGAUCUUAGCAACUAUGAUGAAGAUGGUGCAUGGCCUGUACUUCUGGAUGAAUUUGUAGAAUGGCUAAAAGUUCGUCAAGCAUCAUAGCAAGAAUUCAAAAGAAAAUGCAAAAGUUGUUUUGGUGCCCACUUCUACACAAAGUAAUGAGAAAAACGAAGGAUUGCAUUUUCAUUUUUAAGAAAGACUUUACAGUAAUUUGUUUUUCUUUUUAAAGGAAAUUUUCUUGUUACAUGUGACAUGGGCAUUGAACCACACCUCUUCUGAGACUGAAAGCUGGAGUUCUUGUUUUGAGUCUUAUGUUUAUAGCAUUUAUUUCAGAACAAUAAAGAUCAGAUUUGUGACAAAGGC